AGUCGCAUGUAAUCAAAUUAACUGCGCCCCAACGGCGCUAGCUGUAUACUCCGAAGCUUGUCUGAAGGGAUAUAUCGGUCGAUCGGGCCGGGCAGCUAGUGCAUGCAUGGUUGCCGCGCUUGCAUAUGGCGAUCAGGCACUGUCGUCCCCGUUCUUUGGUGUUCUCCUUCCAGCUACUUCUGUCGGCCCUGGCUCUGGUUGGGCACCACCACCAGCUGAGCCUCCUGGUGGUGGCUAUCACGCAGGUCCGGGUCGGCGUAAUCCUGGACUUGACGUCGCCGGUAGGGCACAAGCGGCGGACCGGUAUUCAGAUGGCGGCGGAGGACUACUACGCGGCGCACCCCGGUUCAGCCACCAACGUGGAGCUCCAUUUUAGGGACUCCGAGGGGGACGUUCUCCGCGCCGCCUCCGCUGUGGUGGACCUGAUCAAGAACGUGCAGGUGCAGGCCAUCAUCGGGCCACCGUCCUCAGCCGAGGCCGAGUUUGUGUCCCACAUCGGCGACCGUGCCCACGUCCCGAUCCUCUCCUACUCCGCCACCUCUCCAUCUCUGUCCGCGGAGCAGACGCCUUUCUUCGUGCGCGCCGCGGCCAACGACUCCUUCCAGGCGGCGCCCGUGGCCGCCAUCCUCGGCGCGUUCAAAUGGCGUGCGGCGGCCAUCCUGUACGAGGACUCGCCCUACGGGGCCGGCAUCCUCCCGGCGCUCGCCGACGCGCUCCAGGGCGUCGGCGCCAAGACCAUGGACCGCACGGCCGUGCCCAGCGACGCCACCGACGACCGCGUCGAUGCGGUGCUCUACCGCCUCAUGGCCAUGCCGACGCGCGUCUUCGUCGUGCACAUGUUGUACCCUCUCGCCGCGCGGCUCUUCCGCCGGGCUAAGAAGGCUGGCAUGAUGUCCCAGGACUACGUCUGGGUUGCCACGGACGGGGUUGGCAGCUUCAUGGACAGGUUCAGUCCUGAGGAUGUCGACGCCAUGCAGGGGGUUGUCAGCCUUCAACCUUACGUGCAGACGACUGAUGCCGUCAAGAAUUUCACGGCGCGGUUCAAGGCCAGGACACGGCGGGAGAACCCGAGCGAUGUGGACGUCGUUGACUCGACCCUGAUGAGGCUCUGGGCGUACGACACGAUAUGGGCGAUCGCGUCGGCGGUCGAGGAGGCGGCCCGUGUCCCCAGCAGCCCGGCGUUCCAGACACCACAAGGGAGCACGGCCCUGACAGAUUUGGACAACCUAGGCGUUUCGGCCACCGGAACAACACUUCUCAAGGCAGUGCUGGCCACGACGUUCGACGGGAUAGCAGGCAAGUUCAAGCUGGUAGACGGACAGCUGCAGCUGUCGGCAUACGAGGUUGUGAACAUUAUCGGGAAAGGGGCCAGGACGGUUGGGUUCUGGACGCCAGAGUCUGGGAUCUCGCAAGAACUGAUGAUCAGUGCCAAACAGGGUCUGAAACAGAUUCUCUGGCCAGGCGAGCCACGGUCCACCCCGAAAGGAUGGACCGUGUCGCCAAACGCGCCAAUGCUCCGUGUUGCCGUGCCGAUGAAGGGCGGGUUCAAGCAGUUUGUGGACAUCUCCGAGAACUCGACGACCGGAGAGAUGAAGAUCACGGGCUACGCCAUUGAUGUGUUCGACGAGGUCAUGAAGAAUCUGGCCUAUCCUGUGAGCUACCGGUAUGUGCCAACUGAUGCUAGCGAGUCUUACGACAAAUUUGUGGACGUGGUGCGUGAUCAGGAAGCCGAUAUCAUUGUCGGGGACGUAACGAUCACGGCGAGCAGGAUGGCUAAGGCGGACUUCACCAUGCCGUUCACUGAGUCGGGGUGGUCCAUGGUCGUGGCAGUGCAGAAGGACACAUCUUCCACCAUGUGGGUCUUUGUGCAUCCGCUGAGCACGAGCCUCUGGCUCGCCAGCCUAGCCUUCUUCUGCUUCACCGGCUUCGUGGUGUGGGUGAUCGAGCACCGGAUCAAUCCCGAGUUCCGAGGCACGCCCUGGCAGCAGUUCGGCCUCAUAUUCUACUUCGCCUUCUCCACCCUCGUCUUCUCACACAAGGAGAAGCUGGAGAGUAACCUGUCGAGGUUCGUGGUGACCAUAUGGGUGUUUGUCGUCCUGAUCCUGACGUCGAGCUACACGGCGAGCCUGACGUCGAUGCUGACCGUCCAGAAGCUCCAGCCGACGGUGACCGACGUGAGGGAACUCCAGAGACGUGGCCAUCACAUCGGGUAUCAGAAGGGCAGCUUCAUCAGAUCAUCUCUCCAAAAGAUGGGUUUUGACGAGGGCAAGAUGAAGACGUACAACUCGGAGGACGAGUACGCCGACGCGCUGUCCAAAGGUUCGGCGAACGGCGGGGUCACGGCGAUUUUCGACGAGAUCCCCUAUCUGAAGCUCUUCUUGUCGCAGUACUGCGACGGCUACAUGAUGGUCGGCCCCGUCUACAAGACCGACGGCCUCGCAUUUGUGUUCCCCAUGGAUUCUCCGAUGACAGGGGAUGUGUCGCGGGGGAUAUUGGCGUUGGCGGAAGGGGAGAAGCUGUCCAGUAUUGAGAAGGCGUAUUUCGGCCAGCCAGACGCGUGCCUGAGCCAAAGCAGCACCAUCGGCUCAUCCAACCUGAGCUUCCAGAACUUCGGCGGGUUGUUCCUCAUAACCGGCAUUGCCUCUGGACUCAUGCUCAUUUUCUACCUAGCCACCUUCGCCUACCGCGAGCGCGACGGGCUCCGGGCAGCGGAGCCUGCCGCCGCCGGCUCCGGGAGCGUGUCGCUGCGGAGGCUGCGCGCGUGUCUGCAUCACUACGACAAGAAAGACCUCCGGUCCCCCACUUUCAAGACGUGGAACGAUGAGUCCCAGAGGAAUGGCGACGGCUCGGGCUCGGCGAACCGGACGCCUAGAUGGAGCCCGAGGAAUGGCGGGACGAGUCCGCUCAGUGUGUCGAUCCCCUCAGAGGUGAACGCCGGUUCUUCACCGGAGGAAACGCCAACGUCAGAGAUUGAUGACUCGUUCGAGUAUGGGGUUGAGGGGGCAGCCACAGGUGCAGAGAUGACAACGUCAACAACCUCUCGAGAAAACUAGAUUAAAAUGUCCGUCUUACGUCUUACCCUUCCUUGCAGUUGCAGGCCAGUCGCUGAUUGUAAAUUGGCAAUAAUUUUGCUCCUUCUAUCCAUUAAUGUAUAAGGCAAUCCUUUUUUGGGAGUAUAAGGCAUUAAGACUCCA